AUGCGUUGGCAGGUUACGACGUUCAUACUAUGCACCUAUGGAUUCCUCAAAUCAUUUCGACCUACUGAACCAUUUCUAUAUCAAUACGAACAUGAAACCUUGAACAUAUCUGAGCAUGUGCUGAAUGCCGAGGCCGUGAUUGUCUUCGAAGCAGUUUCCUACAUUGUUGUCUGGUCUAUUCUAGUAUUUUGCAGUACCGUUUUCGCUCAACAAGUAUCGAAGGAACACUUCAGAAAAGCAACUUCACUAACUCGUGGUGCUAUCCUAUUGGGAUCGUUCUUAUCUUAUGCAAUCGCACAACUUAUUAUCCUCCUAAAAUGGGGAAAUUAUCAAACUCUGAACAUAAUAUCGCUUACAUCUGUUUCUGUUUCUCUCGUUUUCGCUAUAGCAUUACCUUCUGUACCAUGGAAAUCCGCCUACGAAAAGAAAAUGUCAUUGAAAGACAUUACGAAACCCCCGGACGAUAAGCUGUUCUACAAAGACUACGUGAAAUUCCAUUUCAAGACUUUCAUAGCGGACCUAAAGGAUAUCUAUGGGAACUCAAUAAUGUUGAAGUGGUCGCUUUGGUGGGCACUGGCUACGUGUGGAUACUUACAGAUAGGUAAUUACACCCAGACACUUUGGGGAACCUUGAUUCCACCGAAUGCGUCGGACAUAUACAAUGGACUCACGGAGGCUUUGUGUCCAUUGAUCUGUCGCAAUCAUAAUCUGACCACCAGCACUUGUUUACAGUUUGUUUGUCGUUUCCAAAAUGCUAGGGACUCGAUUGCAGCACUGCCGGCUGUGCUUCUUGUGCAACAUCUCCGGGUGGAUUGGAGCCGGUGGGGUGAACUGUGUCUGGCGGUCUGUUCCUCACUGAAUGGACUCCUCCUACUGCUCCUUUCUCAAACGAACAACCUUUUUGUGAUGUACGGUGGCUACAUCGGUUACAGAUUAAUCUACGAAUCGAUGAUCACGAUUACACAAUUCAACUUGGCGGAAGGUCUUGUGACGGCUUCCUAUGGAUUGGUGUUCGGGAUGAACACCUUCAUGGCUCUGGUGAUGCAGUCGCUGCUCACGCUCGUUGUGACGUCGUCUGUUGGCUUCUCCCUGUCCAUACGACCACAGUUUGUGGUCUAUUCCGCCUAUCAUUUCGUGGUCGCUUCAAUAUUUGCUGUACCUUUGGUGCUUCGAGUUUGCCGUUUUUUUCUAAGGAGGCUAUCUCAGUGA